CGUGACUCAUAUACGAUAAAAACAUGGCUGAUGGGGAACUCUCCUCUGGCUCUGAUGCAGAUACUGAAGAUGAACAAAGUUUAAUAGAAUAUUAUUUUUCAAGAGGAUUCAAAUACAAAAGUAUAAUCGAUUUCUUACACAAAAGACACGGCAUAGUUAUUUCGGAACGAACACUAAGGAACCGAUUGAGCGAAUAUGGUCUUCGAAGGAGAUCGCCAAACUUCAAUAUUAACGAUGUACGUAGAGUAAUGAGCGAUUUACUAAAUGGGCCAGGUAAAAUGGGAGGAUACCGUUCUAUGUGGCAUGCCCUUCGGACACAAGGGUUACAAGUUCAGCGGCGUGUAGUUGAACAUCUUAUGAGGGAACUCGACCCAGAAGGUUGUCAAUAUAGACGCGCUAAGCGGCUACGUAGAAGAACAUAUCAUGUCCCAGGACCAAAUUAUUGCUGGCAUUCAGACGGGUACGACAAACUCAAGCCAUAUGGGUUCCCCAUACAUGGCUGCAUUGAUGGGUGGAGCAGAAAAAUAAUAUGGCUCCAUGUUGCUAGAUCUAAUAACAAACCCGAAAUUCCUGCUUCGUUUUUUCUGAGAAGUGUACAAAUAUAUGGUUGUCCUGUAAAGUUACGCACUGAUUGUGGGACAGAAAAUGGCACAAUGGCAGCCAUGCAAUGCCAUUUUCGUUCGCAAGCGGACGCUCACUUUUUUGGGACAUCACCUGCAAACCAAAGGAUUGAAUGUUGGUGGUCUUACCUUAGAAAAAAUCGCUCUACAUGGUGGAUCAACUAUUUUAAAGAUCUCUGUGAAAGAAAUAUCUUUAAUCCGGAUAAUGAAUUGGAAAGUGAAUGUCUUUGGUUAUGCUUUUCUGAUGUUAUCCAGAAAGAUCUGGACUACGUGAAAGAGCAGUGGAAUACUCAUAGGAUUCGAAAUUCCAGACACGAUACAAUUGCAGGAAUACCCGAUGAACUGUACUAUUUUCCAGAGAAGAGCGGGGGAGAAGAGAACCUAGCUAUGCCUGUCGCUGAUGAUCAUAUUCGUUUCGUAGAAGAAAACCUUGUUCAUUUCGAUGAAGAAGAAAACAUUACUAAACAGUAUUUCGAGCAUAUAUUUGAAAACAGUGGCUUGCACCAACCAACAAAUUGGCAAGAGGCUGAGCAGUUAUAUAUAACCUUAAUGGCAGUUGCUAACGGUACAUGA